ACAUUUCUGCAUUUUGUUGUUGAAGGGGAACAUAUAUUUUUCAUUUUUAUUUUCAUUUAAUUCUUUUUUUUUAUUUCUCUGCGUCCGCCGCACCAUUUGUUUAUGAUCGGAGAACACCAACGGAGAGGGUAACGUAACGGUCGGAAAACAUGCAAGCCGGUGCCGGAAUGGUCGCCGGGUCUUACCGGACGAACGAGCUCGUCCGGAUUCAACACGAUUCCGACGGCGAGCCAAAACCUCUGAAGAACAUGAAUAUCAGCCAAAUGUGCCAAAUAUGUGGAGACGAUAUCGGGUUAACAGCCGCCGGAGAUCUGUUUGUCGCGUGUAAUGAAUGUGCUUUUCCAGUUUGUCGGCCGUGUUACGAAUAUGAACGCAAAGACGGCACACAAUGCUGCCCUAAAUGCAAGACCAGGUACAAAAGGCACAGAGGGAGUGUUCGUGUUGAUGGAGAUGACGAUGGGGAUGGCGCGGAUGAUUUGGAGAACGAGUUCAGCUCUGAAUUUUCAAUGUCCUCUAGACAUGGAGCUCACAGACAGAUUCAUCUCCACUCUCAAGGCCGUACGGUGUCCGGUGAGAUUCCAUCUGCUACAAUCGAUAUCCAGUCUGUCCGGACAACAUCGGGUCCUCUGGUUCCGUCUGAAAAGAAUUCCGCUACAUCGCAUUACGUCGAUCCAACACAGCCAAUUCCAGUUAGAAUCGUGGACCCGUCAAAGGCCUUGAACUCUUACGGGAUCGGGCACGUGGACUGGAAGGAAAGAAUCGAAGGUUGGAAACUCAAACAAGAAAACGAUAUGCUUCGUAUGAGCAGCAAAAUUUCGGAACUGAAGGCAGGAGGAGACAUAGAAGGAACUGGUUCGAAUGUGGAUGAAGUUCAUAUGGCUGACGAUGCUAGGCUACCGCUGAGCCGUGUAAUUCCCAUCAGUUCGGUUUAUAUGACACUUUACCGUAUCGUGAUCAUUGCCCGGCUUAUCAUUCUAUCUUUCUUCUUGCAAUACCGAGUCGCAAAUCCCGUGAACGAGGCAUAUGUGCUGUGGAUUACGUCUGUCAUCUGCGAGAUAUGGUUUGCAUUGUCUUGGCUUCUAGACCAGUUUCCGAAAUGGUCUCCUAUUAACCGCGAGACUUAUCUUGACCUGCUCUCGCUAAGAUACGAUCGGGAAGGUUUCCCGUCGCAGUUAGCUCCCGUGGAUAUAUUCGUUAGUACAGUGGACCCUAUGAAAGAGCCGCCACUCGUGACUGCAAACACAGUUCUGUCAAUUCUUGCAGUCGAUUAUCCUGUGGAUAAAGUGUCGUGUUAUGUCUCGGAUGACGGUUCGGCAAUGCUGACUUUCGAAGCUCUUUCAGAGACGGCCGCGUUCGCAAAGAAGUGGGUGCCCUUCUGCAAGAAGCACAGCAUUGAGCCCCGAGCUCCGGAGUUUUAUUUUGCGCGAAAGAUAGAUUAUCUGAAGGAUAAGAUCCAGCAUUCUUUUGUCAAAGGGCGUCGUGCGAUGAAGAGAGAGUACGAGGAGUUCAAGGUGAGGAUAAACGCCCUCGUUUGCAAAGCUCAGAAAGUUCCGGAAGAAGGUUGGACAAUGCAGGAUGGGAGUCCAUGGCCGGGUAACAAUCCUCGGGACCAUCCUGCAAUGAUCCAGGUUUUCCUUGGUCAAGGAGGUGGUCCGGACGUAGAGGGAAACGAACUGCCCCGUCUUGUUUACGUAUCCCGUGAGAAACGUCCCGGUUUUCAGCACCACAAGAAAGCAGGAGCCAUGAAUGCUCUGAUACGGGUUUCCGCUGUAUUGACCAAUGGAGCAUAUCUAUUGAACGUGGACUGCGAUCACUACUUCAAUAACAGCAAAGCCAUUAAAGAAGCCAUGUGCUUUAUGAUGGACCCGAAUAUCGGGAGGAAAUGCUGUUAUGUACAGUUCCCGCAGCGUUUUGACGGCAUCGACUUGCACGAUAGAUAUGCCAACCGGAAUGUCGUUUUCUUCGACCUAAACUUGAGAGGGUUAGACGGAAUCCAAGGCCCGGUAUAUGUGGGGACGGGGUGUUGUUUCAAUAGGAAAGCUCUAUACGGGUACGAUCCGAUAUUGACCGACGAGGAUUUUGAGCCGAACAUUAUCGUUAAGAGCUGUUGUGGAUCGAAGAGGAAGGGGAAGAACCCGAACAAGAAGUACCAUGAUAGUAACCGAGGAAUGGCGAGGAUCAAUUCUAAUCUUCCUGUUUUUAGUGCGGAAGACAUGGAAGAGAUGGGCGAAGGGUACGAGGACGAGAGCCCGUUUCUUAUGUCCCAGAAGAGGUUAGAGAAGCGUUUUGGUCAGUCUUCGGUACUCGUGGCAGCCACUUUCAUGGAAAAAGGCGGAAUUCCGCCUUCAACCAACCCGGCAACGCUCCUGAAAGAAGCAAUUCACGUCAUAAGCUGCGGCUACGAAGACAAAACCGAAUGGGGCAAAGAGAUCGGUUGGAUAUACGGAUCUGUAACGGAAGAUAUCCUAACCGGCUUCAAAAUGCAUGUUCGUGGCUGGAUAUCCAUAUACUGUAUGCCUCCUCUUGCGGCUUUCAAAGGGUCCGCCCCGAUAAAUCUGUCGGACCGUCUGAACCAGGUGCUUCGGUGGGCAUUAGGAUCGAUCGAGAUCUUGCUUUCCCGGCAUUGUCCGAUAUGGUACGGCUAUAACGGCCGGUUGAAGCUUCUGGAAAGAAUUGCAUACAUCAACACCAUUGUUUACCCCCUCACCUCGAUCCCUCUCCUCAUUUACUGCUUCAUUCCCGCCGUCUGCCUCAUCACCGACAGUUUCAUCAUCCCCGAGCUAACCACGCUGGCAAGCGGUGUGUUCAUCCUCCUAUUCGGGUCAAUAGCUGCGACGGGAAUACUCGAGAUCCGAUGGGGCGGGAUCUCGAUCGAGGAAUGGUGGAGGAACGAGCAGUUCUGGAUGAUCGGAGGCACAUCGGCUCAUCUCUUUGCCGUCUUCCAAGGGCUUCUGAAAGUGCUAGCGGGCAUCGACACAAACUUCACGGUCACGUCAAAGGCAUCGGACGAAGACGGGGAAUUCUCGGAGCUAUACGUAUUCAAAUGGACGUCUCUCCUGAUCCCGCCGACCACGGUGAUCAUCGUGAACCUCGUGGGGAUCGUGGCCGGGGUCUCGUCCGCCAUCAACAGUGGCUACGACUCGUGGGGACCGCUGGUUGGGAGACUGUUCUUCGCGAUGUGGGUGAUCAUGCAUUUGUAUCCGUUCUUGAAAGGUUUGCUGGGAAGACAGAACAGAACUCCGACAAUCGUGAUUGUCUGGUCGAUCCUUCUGGCGUCGGUUUUCUCGUUGUUGUGGGCUCGGAUCAAUCCGUUCGACGCCGAUCCGGGAAAGAUUGCUUCUAAACAUUGGUGUGGGAUUGACUGUUAGGGUUCGUCUCUGUCUCUGUCUCUGUCUCUGCCAUAGACAUUGGAGUGAUGCUCUGUUUUCUGUUCAUGGGCAUAAAAACAUCGAGAACCUAUGCUUGUCCUUAAUUGACUUUCACCAUACAUUUGGUGUAUGGAUUUGAAGGGUUCGUACCAUUUUUUUUUCAAAGAUCAUGAUGUAUUAGAUUUUAUUUUAUUUUUUAC